UGAGAGAACGAUAGCGGAGUACGAGGAGGAACUUUCUCGCGCAAAAGAGGAGAACGAGCGACAGCGGAAGCUACUGGAGCUGCGCGUGGAACCGGAAAUAAACAGAGCAGGUAUCCACACUGUGAAUCCUGAAUGACCGGUGCCAACGGAAGGAAGACCUCAUGUGUGGAGCGGUGUGUUUGGUGCCAUUCAUCUGGACUGUGGAGAAGGGAAACUGCAUGGACAACAUCCUGAGCUCUCAAAUGGGUCGUGAUUAUGAUGCUAGAAAAAGCAGCAAAAUGCCCUUAGUUAUAGUGUAGUGAUGUAUGUUAAUUUUGCCACAGUAUCACCCUAAAAAUGGGGACAGUAAGAAACCAUGCUGUUGGUACCAUCCACAACUUUCAUAAUAUGGACCAAACUGAACUGAACUUUUUUUAUAUUUCCCUCCUACUUCAGGUCACCUAUUGCAGAGGUUGCUGCUGGGUACUGUAGUUUUUUUUCCUUCUGGAGACGAGGUCAUUAAGAGGGAGUCCCUCCAUUUUAGUCUUGGCUCAGUCUGUGUAAUUUGAGCUGGGAAGCUGAUCUAAAGCUGUGGAUUAUUAAUGCCCCCGAACCUGAGCAGGGAACACAGAUGACGACCAAAGACGGACUUUUAAUAUUCAAAAUUUACAAACACACGUGAGUGAGCUUUCAGGUGCGUUGGGUAUGUCGGCAAUGACUGCAGAGGUCACCUGGGCGCAGUUUGGUCAUUUGAUGGUGAAUCUCUCUCAGUUGUGCUGUCCCCAUGGCCUGUGGCUUAACUGGCCUGAUCAAAGUUUGAUGAGCGGGGCUUAGUAACAUUACACGGGACAGAAAACACUGUGGCUCUCUGUGGCGGAGCUCUGCUGGUCCUCUGCUUGGCAUGAGGGUGUAGGGCUAGGGGAAACGGGGUGACUGUAAGCCUCUGCCAGUGAGUGUUGUUUGACAGCAGACAAGCUGCCAGACAAGCUGUGGUUUUGGUUCCAGCUUAAGAAACAACUUCUCAGGCUCUUAACCAGUUGGUCGAAUGGUUCAUAAUUAGGUGUGAGAACCGCAAUGGAACCAAUAGGGAUGUCAGAAACAGCUCAGGUUGUAUGGUGUGUCACAUCCUUCCUCUAACAAUUAUCUAUAAACUACCCACACAACAGCCCCUCUUAUCACCAUCAGUACGUUUAGAUGAGUUCAACCUGCUCCACUCUCCUUAUCCAACGAACAUAAUUAAUGUACAACUCUCGGAGCGGUUUAAGCAAAUGCUAAACAGGGCUCAGCAACAGGACAAAAAGGAUCCGGAAAGAGGGAUGGGGAUGGGGAGGAGGGAAGCAGGGGAGGAGGGGAGGAGUGUGUCACAGAGAGUUAACACUGGUUUCAGUUGUUGCAGGCUUUCAUUACUGCAGCGCGGCAUGCAGAGGGACGGCAGCAGCUCCUGGGCCAUAUGAUCUGUUCCAGCUCUGCGACUGGGACUCAGGGAUGAUCCUGCAACAGAUGGCAGAAGAGUGAGACCACAACGAAUGGCUUCCACAGGGAGUGGCCUCCGCAUCCAGGGGGAUGACAACCUCCAGUCCAUGCUGGUGGGGACGAUAAUGAGGAAAAUCAAGUCUCGUACCUGGAAGAAGCAACGCUACUUCAAACUGCAGGACGACUGCAUGACCAUCUGGUACCAAUCCAAGAAGGCUGGCAACACCCACUCCACAAUUUCAGUGAGUGAUGUGGAGGCAAUACGAGAGGGCCACCAGUCCGAGGUGCUGCUCAGCAUCGCCGAUGAGUUCCCGGCUGACCGAUGCUUCACGCUGGUCUUCCGCGGUCGCAGGGGCAACCUGGACCUGGUGGCUGAGUCAGCCGAGGAGGCUCAGUCCUGGAUCAGAGGCAUGAGGAAGCUGAUUGACAACCUGGAGAACAUGGGGGAGCGGGAGAAACUUGACCAAUGGAUCGGUGACUGGUUCAGGAAAGCAGACAAGAACAACGAUGGGAGAAUGAACUUCAAGGAAGUGCAGGAUUUACUGAAGAUGAUGAACGUGGACAUGAAUGAGCACCAUGCUCAUCGUCUCUUCACAAUGGCCGAUAAGUCCCAGUCGGGUACACUGGAGGACGAUGAGUUUGUUCUCUUCUACAAGAUGCUGACCCAGCGGGAGGAUGUAUUACGGGUUUUCCAGGAAUACUCGGCUGAUGGCCAGAAGUUAUCCCAGAGUGACUUGGAGGACUUCCUGAGAGAGGAGCAGCUGGAGGGCGGUGACAUCCAGCAGCAUGCCAAGCAGCUCAUUGAGCGCUAUGAGCCCUCUGACACAGCCAAGCAGCUGAAUGCCAUGACGUUCGAUGGCUUCUUGAUGUACCUCGGCUCAGCUGAGGGCUCCAUCUUUCACCCACAGUGGCGGGGUGUCUUCCAAGACAUGACCCAGCCGCUGUGCCAUUACUUCAUCUCCUCCUCUCACAACACCUACCUUAUGGAGGACCAGCUCCGAGGACAAAGCAGCGUGGAGGGGUAUAUCAGAGCUCUGAGUCGUGGCUGUCGGUGUGUAGAGGUGGACUGCUGGGAUGGUGCCAAUGGAGAACCCAUCGUUUAUCAUGGACACACUUUCACCUCCAAGAUACUCUUCAAGGACGUGGUCAAUGCAGUGGGCAACUAUGCCUUCAAGGUAUCUGAAUAUCCAGUCAUCCUGUCCAUCGAGAACCACUGCAGUGUUGAGCAACAGAGAGUCAUGGCCCAACACCUCAACAACAUCCUCGGUGACAAGCUGCUGAAAAGCACAUUAGAUGGAAAGGCCCCAAUUGGGCUGCCAUCUCCUGAGGAUCUUAAGGGGAGGAUUCUGCUGAAGGCGAAGAAAAUCGGUGGUCUGGAGGAGAGUUUCAACGGGAUGGUGGAGGAGUCUCAGAGCGGAGAGGUCAGUGAUGAGGAAGAGGUGGCUGAAAUCGAUGAGGAUAACCUCCACCGCGAGAGUGUCCGUCGCAGGAUUAAGAAGUCAAAGCAGCAUCUGUCCAAGGAGCUGUCAGACUGUGUCGUCUACUGCAAAAGCGUCCACUUCAGUAACUUCAAACACUCUCGCAUCCACUCCAAGUUCUACGAGGUCGCCUCUUUCACAGAGUCCAAGGCCCGCAAACACCUGAGAGAGGCUGGGGCCGAGUUUGUGCACCAUAACUCCCGGCAGCUGACCAGGGUUUAUCCCAGUGGCUUCCGAACAGACUCCUCCAACUUCAAUCCUCAGGAAAUGUGGAAUGCUGGGUGCCAAAUUGUUGCAUUGAAUUUCCAGACCGCCGGGGAGGGGAUGGAUCUGAAUGACGGAUUGUUUAGUCAGAACGGCAGCUGUGGUUAUGUCCUAAAGCCCGGUUUCAUGAGAGAGGCCGAGAAAAGAUUUGACCCUGAGACACCCCAGAAACGGGAUGGCUACCAGCCAGUCGUCCUUACGAUACAGGUGAUCAGUGGUCAGCAGCUGCCCAAAGUCAACAUCAAAGAGGAUUCGAUAGUGGAUCCUCUGGUCAGAGUAGAGAUCCACGGUGUUCCAAGCGACCAGGCCAAGCAGGAGACCAGAUACAUCGAGAACAAUGGCUUCAACCCCGUGUGGUACGACACCCUGCGCUUCACCAUCCACUCUCCUGAGCUGGCCAUGGUGCGCUUUGUGGUGGAAGACUAUGACAAGACUUCAAAAAAUGACUUUGUGGGGCAGUAUACACUCCCUCUCAGCUGUAUACAACAAGGUUAUCGUCACAUUCACCUUUUGUCCAAAGAUGGGACCAGUAUUCCUCCCUCCUCCUUAUUCGUACACAUCAGGAUUACAGAACUGGAUAAACCUUCACUUUCCUAAUCCAGCGGAGGUAUCAGAAAGAACGUGCUCAGCACAUCUUAUUUAGUCAUGAUAGUUGAGUCAUUACUUCCCAUAGAAAUACUUCUCCUAACAUAGUAUUUAUUUUUAUUCUUGUUUUAUGUAAAUAAGUACUACGCCAAAUCUAUAGUGGUUCUUAGGCAGCAUAUGAGAAAUGCAUGUUUUUGUUUCCUCCAUUAUAAUGUGUGUAACUUGUUCCUGUGAUUGACUUGAACUUUGCUGCUCAUGUUUGGUGUCCCAGAUAUUUGUCCCUGCUGAAAUAUUGUGUUGUAAAGAAGAAUGUGCCAGCAACAUGUUUAGAUCAGGAUGAAUAUUUCUGUCAGUAUUUUUCCUUUAACAAACAGCACUUCGUGGACCCAGUGUCACUGCUACAGUCCUCAGCUUUCACUUUGGCCAACAUGCAGAGCUUGAAAUGCAGCUAUCUGCUGUCCAGUGAGCAGCUGCAGCGGAGCAGCUGGAGGCUGCGUUAUGAAGUCAUCCAGCUCUCCCAGUCACAAAAGAGAUUUCAACAGAUUACACCUGUGGCUGCUUCUUCCAUCAACACCAGACUCCUCUGCAUGUCGUUCUUUUUAAGCUAUUUACAGGCUGAAAUCUGAAUUUAGUACUCGUGAGCAGUCUUGUGUCAUGUGAUGUUAUUUUUGUGGUAUGUACAUAUUACCCAUUUGUGUAAAGGUGUUUUGAUAUGUCUAUUUUUGUAUACAUGGAAGCAUUCAUAUGUACUGUACAGCAUAGCACAGUGUUGUGUUUAUUUGCUUGUUUUUUAUUGUAGAAGACCUCAUAUUCAUUUGCCACAUCUAUCUGCAAAUACAUAUGAUUUUCAUUUAAUGAUGCAACUAGUUUAUCCUUCAUACCUUUGGAACUGCCUUUCUAGUCUUCUGACCACUCAGCGGGUCACAUUCAACCAUUCACACACACAUUCAUACACUGGUGGCCGAGGCUAUCGUCCAAGGUGCCACCUGCUACUCAGUUUUUAACACACUUACGUUGAUAGAACAGCCACUGGGAGCAAUUUGGGGUUCAGUAUCUUGCUCAAGGAUGCUUCGGCAUGCCAGCUGGAGGAGCCAGGGAUCAAACGAAUGGAUAACCAACUCCACCUUCUGGGCCACAGCUGUCCAUGUUACUACUCUUCUUACUGAGCUGAGUUGAGUUUA